AUGGUCGACGCUAAACUUGGCGUUGAUAUAUCACAAGCAACAAACUCAAGCAUUUGGGAAUGUCUAAGAGAUAGUGGAUAUGAAUUUGCAAUCGUUAGAGCAAGUAGAUCAAAUGGCUUAUUAGAUGACAAUGCUCCAAAUAGUAUUAAACUUGCAAAAGCUGCUGGAAUGAGUAGAGUUGAUGCAUAUAUAUUUCCAUGUGUAAAAUGUGGUAAUCCAGCUGGACAAAUGAAGAGUAUGAUGAAAUUUCUAAAUGAUCAUGGCGCCAAUAUUAGAAUGGUGUGGUUGGAUAUCGAAGGUCCAGAAUACUGGAAUAAAAAUGUCGUGGACAAUAGAAAUUUCUUCCUUGGUUUAGUUAGAACUGGCAAACAAAUGGGUCUUAUGAUGGGUAUAUACACUUCUGCCAGCCAGUGGAACCCUAUUAUGGGUGCGAAUUUUCACGGUGGAUCUCACCUCCCACUUUGGUACGCUCACUACGAUAAUCGACCAUCAUUCUAUGAUUUCGUAGAGUUUGGUGGAUGGAAACAACCCUAUGUAAAACAAUAUAAUACAGGAGUAUUAUGUGAUAUUCAAGUAGAUGAAAACUUUAGAAUCAAAUAA